CAAAGCGCUAAGGCAUAGUGAGCGGUGAGGGGCGGGCCAUGGUUUCGCUUCAUCCAGUAGCGUCUCCUUUCUCUGUUUCCUCUUCUUCAUCCUCUUUUCUUAGCGACUCUAUUCAGUUUCGUCGUUUUUCCCCAAAACCGAGAAGCAGCUUCGUAACUAAAGGUCGUUUUUUCUUCUUCUGCAAUGCUUCAUGGCAAGAGCUUGCUGGAGUUUUACUAUUCUCAGCGAUUCCUUUCACCGCCGUGAAAGCCAUAGCUAAUAGUUCGUUGGGAGAAUCGCUUCAGCGGAAAAUGGAGGAGACAAAGAAAUUUUCUGUUGAAAACUCUUCCAAAUUCAAGGCCUUCGCAGAGAAGGCCAGAAAGGAGAGUUUUUGGUAUGGAGAAGAUAGACCUCGUUGGCUUGGUCCUAUUUCAUAUAGCUACCCAUCAUAUCUUACUGGGGAACUGCCUGGGGAUUAUGGCUUUGACAUUGCUGGGCUUGGCAAGGAUCCUGUGGCACUGAAGAAAUACUUCAACUUUGAGAUAUUGCAUGCUCGGUGGGCUAUGCUUGCAUCUGUCGGUGCUCUAGUUCCUGAAAUAUUAGACCUAUUGGGAGCCUUUCACUUUGUAGAACCUGUCUGGUGGCGUGUUGGUUAUUCAAAGCUCAAGGGAGAUACUCUGGAUUACCUUGGCAUACAAGGUCUUCACUUAGCUGGAAGCCAGGGAGUGGUUGUGAUUGCUAUUUGCCAAGCACUCCUUAUGGUUGGACCAGAAUACGCUAGAUAUUGUGGGAUUGAGGCAUUGGAGCCUCUAGGGAUAUAUCUUCCUGGUGAUAUAAAUUAUCCUGGAGGAGCAUUGUUUGAUCCCUUAAAUCUGUCCAAAGAUCCUGAAGCUUUUGAGGAGCUGAAGGUGAAAGAAAUAAAAAAUGGACGCUUAGCAAUGAUUGCCUGGUUAGGUUUUUACAUGCAAGCAGCUGUGACGGGUAAAGGUCCUGUGCAGAACCUUGUUGAGCACAUCUCCGAUCCUUUUCACAAUAACUUGCUGGGCUCACUCAACUUCAUGAAAGUAGUCUAGUAAUAUUAGAAAGGAAUUUCACAUACAUUCGGUUGCUCUUUUCUAUAAAUUUUGCGUAGGGAAUUCAGGUCAAAAUGGUAUAGCCGCGAUGAUUAUGUGGUUCUCUACAUUGAAUAGUUAAAUCUAAGUAUAAAAGAGAAUUCAAUUCUCAUAUUGUGACCUUUCAAUUUGCGUGCAAAGUUUUUUUUUUCGCUUUUUAACAAAUGUAGUGUCCACCACUAGUU